AUGACUUUUGCACCAAAGUUUCUGGCUUCGCACUCAAUUCUAGCAUUGAAAGAUGCGAAAACAUCUCAAACAAAUGCCAACGUAGUUGAACUGUACUUAGACUAUUGUUGUCCCUUCAGCAAGAAACUGUACCUGAAAUGGACUCAAGACGUUAUACCUACCAUUGAGCACAAGUUGAAUAGGAAGUUUGAGUUUCGGUUGUUACAUGUGCCUCAGCCUUGGCAUCCUUCCUCUGCUUUGAUGCACGAGGCUGCGUUGGCUGUAGCCGAGAUUGAUCCUGGCUCUUUCCAAGACUUUAGUAAAGCCUUGUUUGAAAAUCAGGACGAAUUUUUUGAUCAAGGCUGCUACAAUAAGACUCGCAAUCAGAUGUACCAAGAGUUAGCAUCCUUGGCCGAAGAGGUCGGUGUCUCCGCUGACGAAGUCAUGAGCCGUCUGGAGAUUGACGUAAAUUCGAAAGGCGACUCAAGCCUGGCUAAAAACAUAGGCAAUAAAGUUGCGCGAGACAUCAAGCAUUUUGUUCGCUAUCAUCGGCAAAACGGCGUACAUAUCACACCAACAGUCGCGGUGAACGGAAUAAUUCUGGGAAACAUUGGUAGUGGCAACACUCCGGACGAGGUCGUAGAGCUCUUGGGCGCUGCUACCUAA